AUGGUGUUCCGUUCAAUCGCUCAAAAUUCCAGCCCUCUCCGAAGUCUGUAGGCGCGCUCACGUAAAUUUUAGUUUAAAAAGCCCGCAUUUUUCGCGGGGAUCAGUUGGUUUGCAACGGAAUGCCAGAGAUUUUUAUUCUUCUCCGAUUUUUGUUGUCCAUGUGCAAGAUAGCUUGAAAGAGCAAGUAGGUCACGAUAAAGUAAGGGAAAUUUGAGUUUUUUAAUAUGCGGAUUUCUUACAGUUAAUUUUAUUAUACUAGACUUGCUCUUAAAAAUUUAUUUUGACGUUUAAAAAUCGUUUUUACUUUCAAAAAAUUUUUCUGUCCACUACGUAGCCCCUAUAACUUAUCCACCGUUUUGUGCCUAUUUCAAUGUUUUAGAUACUGUUUUAACUCGACCUUUUAAUUUCAUCCUAUUUUCCUCAUGUGCAAUAUAAAUUUUCCUUAUUUCAGAUGGCUCCGUCCAUAGUCCGGGUCGGCCUGUUGAGCCGGCUCCUUCCGAAGACGUUGGCCGCCUCUCAAAGUCGUGGGAUUGUGACCAAAGAAUAUUUGGACUUGCCAUACGACUAUCCAGAUCCAUGGCCUUACAAGGAGCGUGGAUACUUUCAGAAACACUUUUUGCGCGACUACACUAAAAAGCGACUUCAUAAGAACUCUAAGUUGAUUGUGUUGGAAGGAAACAUUGCUUCAGGAAAGGUAACGGGGUUUUUUAUUUUAUACUUGAUGUUUAGAUCUAAAUUAUGAUCAGAAACUCGAAAGGACACGGAUCUUUAGUCUUUAGUACCAAAAUCAUUUCUAUAGCUCGUUUACAGAAGAUUCCUUCUUACGGUUAUGAUUAAAUUGCUUUUCAGAGUAGUGUUGGUCCAGCUUUGGCCGAUGCCUUCGGAUUCAAGUACAUGUCGGCGUUUCGGAUGGAUGACAUCCUCAUCGACCCCUAUGGAAAUGAUCUCCGGACUUUUUAUGAUCGUGUAUGUGUCCUUUUUCUUUUGCAUUCUGUUUUUAGUUCCCUAAGCCAUUCAGAAUUCCGGAUGAGAAGAUUUAUUACUCCAAUCCCACUGAUGAUAAUGUCGCGCGCUACAGUUUCCGCAAAUUCGACUGUAAAUGGGAGCAAUAUAUGAAUGCACUUGCCCACAUCUUCAAUACUGGCCAAGGAGUUGUUCUGGAGAGUUCACCGUACUCGGAUUUUGCGCUAGUCAAUGCCAUGAGAGCCAAGGAUCAUCUGAGUCCUGAGUGUAAGAUAAAUGACUUAUAUAUACCAGCAUUUGUGUUGCUGUGAUGUCUAAAUUUAAUUUCAAUGUAUUUUAGACUUCAAGUUUUACUAUUGGAACCGAAAAAUGGCCCUGACGCAGCUGCGCUAUUGGCCCCAUAUUGUUGUUUAUCUGGAUUGUGAGAUCCCUGAGUUGGUUCAACGAAUUAAGCAGAGAAAUCAAGAUGGAGAAGCUGGUGUGGUCGAUGAGAAGUAUCUCCAGACUAUCAAGGAGUCCCACAAAGACUCUCUAAAGGAAUACAAGUAUGUUUUUCGGAGAUUUUUGUUCUUAUUGUUUUAGGUGGAUAAGAUGUUUUGAUGAAUUUUGAACUCAUAAUUAAGGUUUAUUAGAUUAUGUCGUACUUUGAAAUGUGAUUUGAGACUUUCUUUGGUAGAUUGGACUCAUUUUUAUGUUCUUUCUAGCCAUUCUUUUGACUAAUUUAUAUUAUACUAGGUAUUGACAAAAAAUUUAUUUUCCAGAGAGCAUUCCAAGAUCCUCACCUACGAUUGGACCGAGCCCGGAGACCCGGACUCUAUUGUUGAGGACAUUGAGCGUGUUGAUUGCGACUAUUUCGAGUGGCAUUCAGGCUCGGUUCAUGAGGAAUGGCAUCAGCCAAGAGACGGGAUUUGGUAUAACAUUUGGCGUGGAUGGGUGACGACCAAGAACCGCGCUCGUCACAAUGCCUUCCCCGGAGUCCCAGCGCACGAAAUCAGCGAACUUUACACCGGAAUUUUGGACGCCAACCACUUUUUGAACGUCAUGAAGCUGGAGGUGGGUGGUUUGGGGAUGGAUAAUAUAAUUUGACCCGAAAUAGAGGCUUUGAUUGAUGGUUAAGGCGGUUUUGACAUACUGAGGGAGAAAUGGCAUUUUGAAAUUGUGUUUUAGGUACUCGGCGGCCGCUAUGCCUACGGUCAAUACCCCGAAAAAGGCGAUGACAAGUCCAAGGUCAUGUGGAUAGAUGAGGAAGACCAAAGGCUCCCCGAUCCGUGGUACGAAUACUACUGGCGCGACGUCUAUCUGCACGAAUUCGAAUGCCACAACAACCUGCUAGAUCCGUACGCCAUUGGCCACGACCCCGACUAUCUUCAUCAUCAUUAA